UUCGAUUUAGUGAUCUAUCGCAAUGAAUUAAAGUAUAAAAUACUUAUAGACCUAUCGUUCCAUAAUUUCAAACUUCAGUGCAGAUGUGUACACCGCAGAAACUUGUUUUCGUUUCACUGACAUGCGCAGCGGGAAAAUAAAGUCAAAUCAAAUGGAAUCAGUUGAAAAGUAUGUCCGCUAGUGGCGGUCGGCUGCGAGACGUCUGUUUUAACUAAUUUACGAUUUUUAUUUAUAUUGUUACGUUUCUAAAUAUUUAAUCGUGUUGUUCAGUUUUUAAUAAUAUUGUGUGUUGGUUUAUCGGCUGUACAGUUAUUGUUUUUUACGAAAUCUACUGGAACAGGUGAUGCCGAUAAGGGUUCCCCGAAUGGAUCGAUAUCGGUGACUGCGAGCUUGGACGAAAAAUUACGCCAAGAAAGGGGUUGUUCCAAGAUGGAGAAGUCGGCUCGGCCACGGACGGCUCUCAACGAGUGCGUGAAGGUGGUGGUGCGAUGUCGCCCGCUCUCGGAGAGAGAGAAGAACGAGGGCUUCGAGGAGGUGAAGAAAGCGCGCGAGCAGACCUGGUACGAGCGGUUGUCCACGAAGACGCCGGCGGACAGUAAAAAGUUUGAUGGGCGUUUACAGGUGGUGAAGGUGUGGCCGGAGCGCGGCGCGGUGCAGGUGUACAACCCCAAGGGGCAGGACAAGAUGUUCACGUACGACGCCGCCUACGACGCCAGCGCCGACACGCAGACCAUGUACGACGAGAUGGUGCGGCCGCUGGUGGCGUCGGUGCUGGACGGGUUCAACGGGUGCGUGUUCGCGUACGGACAGACGGGCACCGGCAAGACGCACACCAUGGAGGGCACGGCCGAGCACGAGGGCAUCAUCCCGCGCGCCUUCCGCCACAUCUGGGCGCACAUCGAGAACAGCGCCUCGCCCGACGUCACGCACCUCGUCUCCUGCUCCUACAUCGAGCUCUACCUCGAGGACGUGCGCGACCUGCUCGCCAAAGACUGCAAGAAGCUCACCAUUAGGGGACAGGAGCUGAACGGGUUCUACAUCCCGGAGAUGACGUCGGUGGUGUGCAAGAGCGCGGCGGAGAUGGUGCGCGUGAUGCGCGCCGGCAACCGCAACCGCGCCGCCGGCCGCACCGACAUGAACGAGCACUCCUCGCGCAGCCACGCCGUCUUCCUCGUCACCGUCGAGACCGCGCACCGCAAGACCAACAGGAUACGCGUGGGCAAGCUGAACCUGGUGGACCUGGCGGGCAGCGAGCGGCAGCGCAAGACGGGCGCGUCGGCCGAGCGGCUGCGCGAGGCGUCGCGCAUCAACCAGGCGCUGUCCUCGCUCGGCAACGUCAUCUCCGCGCUGGCCGAGAGCAGCCCGCACGUGCCCUACCGCGACUCCAAGCUCACGCGCAUCCUGCAGGACUCGCUCGGCGGCAACAGCAAGACCAUCAUGAUCGCCAACAUCGGCCCCGCCUCCUACAACUACGACGAGACCAUCACCACGCUGCGGUACGCGCACCGCGCCAAAGCGAUCAAGAACAAGCCGGUGCGCAACGAGGACCCGAAGGACGCCAAGCUGCGCGAGUACCAGGCGGAGAUCGAGCGGCUCCGAGCCCUCAUCGAGCAGCGCCGCGCGCUCGACCGCAAGCCGCGCCGCCUGCCCAAGCCCAGGCUGCCGCAGCCCAGCGACAACUCGGAAGAGGAGACAGUCAGUAUAGAGAACGAGCAUAUACUGGCGGAGUCUACGAUCGAGCAGGAGAAGAAGCAGAUGGAGGAGCUGGAGCAGCAGAUCCUGGCGCUGGAGGAGCGGCUGGUGCAGGGCGGCGGCGGCAAGGACCUGCUCAACAACCUCAACGAGACGCAGCUCAUCCUCGAGCAGCGCCACUGCGAGAUCACCGAGCGCAAGAAGCGCGAGGUCGAGAUGCAGCAGCGCAUCGAGCUGGAGGAGGAGACCACCGCCAUCGUCACCAACACCUUCACCACGCUGCAGCAGGAGGUCGACCACAAGACGCAGAGGUUGAAGAAGUGCCUGUCCCGGUACGCGAGCCUGCGCGAGGAGGCGGUGGAGCAGCGCGAGGCGCACGACGGCGAGCGGCGCGAGCUGGAGGCGCUGCAGGCCGCGCUCAUCGCCGAGCUGCGCCGCCGCCUGCUGGUGGCCGACUCCUUCCUGCCCGACGCCGGCCGCCCCGCCGUGCUGCGCGCGCGCUACUGCGACGACGCCGACGCCUGGCAGCUGCAGCAGCACAGCGGCGUGGAGCCGCUGACGACGCGGCCGGUGGCGGCGGCGGGGCGGCGGCGGCCCACGUGCGCGGCGGCGCUGGCGGCGCGGCUGCCGCGGCACCGCGCGGAGGACGUGCUGGAGCUGGCGCCGCUGCCGCUGCCCGCCACCACGCGCGCCUACACGCCGCCGCGCCGCCCGCCCGCGCCGCCGCCCGGCAGGAAGGAGGCGGAGCUGGAGGCGGCGCCGGCGCGGCGCUCGGCGCGGCCGGCGCGGCCCAGCACGGCGCACCAGCGGCUCGGCACGGCGGGGGUGCGGUAGGCGCUGCUGACUGCCGCAGUGUUCCCGCAGAGUGCAUCACUCACUCGGCGAGCGAGCACGCGGCGCCGGGUCGAGUGCGGAGCGUCGAGCGGCGUCGGCCGCGUGACGUCACGAGCCGCCACAUGAUCUCACUUAACUUAAUUCCCAGUAUUUAGCAAGGCAAAGAACCCUUAUGUGUUAAUUUGAGUACGUAUGUAUAAGCCGUAGCUACUCGGGAGCGCUUCGCUCUGCGCUCGUAUUGUUUAGGUUGUUGUUUGUUUUAUAAGAUUUUAUUUUACCAUUGUUGUCUUUUUGUUUUUGUAAAAUUUUAUUUUGUGCCUCGAUACCAACACACGUGUUUGAGCUAGUGAUAUUAGAUAGUUUACGACGAUUAUGUAUUACGUUCUACUGUGAAAUUAUUUAGAAUUUCUAUAAUAAGGAUGAAAUUGCUGUGUAAAUAGGUGCCUCGGCACCGCGAGCGAUGUGAUCAGUAAUGUAUGUUCAAAUGUGUUACCAAAGAUGGAGCAGUCCAUUCCGAAUGUCCACACCGGCCCACUUGUUCCUUUAUUAUGUGAAAUUCAUUUGUGGAUAUAUUAAUAUAAUUUCUAAACAGUUUCUAGUCAAUGAUGAUGAAUUAUAUUCUUGUAUACAAAUAUUGUAAAUAAUAAUAAUACGGUAUUUUAGGUAUUUAAAAGUAUCCUUAUUACGGAGAAUGAACUAGUGUAAGUAGGUUGCUAAUUAGCGCACAAUACUUUUGAAUACCGUCGAGCGACGCCGCGACGCCGCCAGGCUCCGGCCUCUACUCGCUUACAAUUUUGUUAAAACAAUUUUUCCAACGUGAAUGAAUUAUAUAUUUUGGGAUCGUAAGUUAUUUAUAAUGUAUCAUUGUAUUGGCUUUAUAUUUAAUUUAAAUUAUGAAUGGAGAUGAUCAUGUAUUGUGAUAUAUAAUUUGGUAACUGCUAGUCAGUCGUGCCGCAUACACGCUUAUACUCACUAAUGAAAUAUAAAUUUUAAAUUUUA